AUGAUCUUACGAAGAAAGUCUGGAAGAAGAAAUAGGAGAGGAACUAGAACUAGAAGAUACUUCUAUACUGCGACUUUUUUAUAUGAAAAGCAUGCUGAAAUGUUACGACAGAUCACCAACAACAACAACAGAAUCAUUAAUACUUUACUUCAAAGAAGAGUCGCAAUGUACUACCGCAAAAAACAUAUGGAUUAUGCUCUUCAAGAAACUGAUCAACACGUUGAUAACGUCUAUAAUUACAAUAAACCUUUAGAUGAGUACUCUGACGUAUUAGAGAACAAAAGUAAUAAGACAAAUUUAAUAAACUCACAAAUUGAAGCACUGAAGAACACUAAAGAAAAAAUGAAAGAACAGCUCCAGAUAGGGUUUACAAAUCUACAAAAUAGGGAACGUGAUAUAGGUACAGGAUUAAUAUAUUCAAAAACAGGAACAGAAAUUUCUGACAAGCUGAUUAAUCAACAAUUAAACAGACAAAAAAUUGGUCUAAUGGAAGUUUCAGCUAUGCGGUUAAAAUCUCUGCAAAUAAAAUCUAUGGUUAAGGAAAAAGAAUCGGCCAUACAAGUUUUGGAUAGAGUGGAUGCAGACCAUCAUUUAAAUUAUUACGAAAAACUAAAAGAAGAAAACAAAAUGUUUUCAGACAAAAUUGAAGAAAAAGACGUCGAGCUAACUACGCUGAGAAUACGGUGUAAUGAAAAUAUUCAAAUCUUGGCCCAUCUUCGUGAAAAAAUUGCAGCUUUGGACAGCGAUAUUGAAUACUUGAAAGAAACAGACCAAAAAAAUGUUGAAUUUUUGACUGACAUGCGAAGGUCCCUUAACAACACCAAAAAAGAAAGAGAUCUAUAUCGCUCUCUCUUAAUCAAGAUGCAAGAGGAUUCUGGUCUUUUGAAAGAAAGAGAACUGUUAAAAGACAUGGAAAACUCAAUAGAGGAAGCACAAAAAUUGAGAAACACAUUACAGAGCUUGAAAAAUGCAUGUGGUUCCAACAUUAAAAAAAUUAGAUGCAUUCGUAAGCGUAUUGAAGAGCGUAUGGAUAGACCUAAACACAGUCUUAGCUAUCCUCCAUCGAAAAAGAGUUAUAUGUCUACGAAAAUAACCCAAGACAAAACCAAGCCACAAGUUUUUGUACCCAUUUUACCAAAGAAAGCAAUGGAUCAUCUAGCACAAGAUUUUCAACCAACAGUAAGACGAAUUAUUGUUAAUAGAUGACGAGGUCAAUAUU